UCAGUGCCCACGUCCUGGCAGCCGGCAGAGUUUUCCGUCCUGUGUCGGGUCAACAUCGCAGACCUCAUGGAAGCAGCGGAGGAAACUCUCACUUACAGAGAUGACCCCGGACCUCACAGGACGCUGCUCCCAGGAGGCAAGGCUAAGGACACCGGGGGACAUUUUGAGACAAAAAGUGAGUCCAACUACGUGGAUUUAGACAUGAGACCGGAAGGGGCCAAGACGGUGAAAGUAACGUUCACCGGCGAGGGGAGCCAGCUGUCUGUCAAAAGUGACGGUUCGAAGCACGGGUUGCGUGGACCGGCUUCUGUGGACUCCGUGGACAUGGGUGGCGGCGAUGACCCGAGUGGAUCCACUUUGAAAACAGCCGAACUUUCCUACGAGGAGGAUUCAGGGGAUGAGACGCGGCUGCAGGAGGAAGCGGACCCGAGCGACUGCAGCGAGGGGGACGAGCUCCAGUACACGGACAUGUACCUGAACAGCCGCAGCGAGUCGGACGACGGCGCUAGCGCGAUUCUGUCCGACCACAGCGGCGCGGACACGCUAAAGGACGAGUCUCACUAUAUCACUACGCAUGAAAUUCAGCUGACCGAACUCGACCACGACGUUGAUUACGACCUCGGCCGCGGUGCCAGUUGGGACUUUGAGGACGACAAUUUGGUUUACUCCUUCGUGGAUUACGCCUCGUUUGAAAGUGACGACAGCCGAACCGGGACUCUGGUAUUGGAGGGCAGGGGUCAUGUUGCCAAACUCGGUGUGAGCACAGAGCAGGACGACAGCGAUCUUGGCGACUCGGAGAAAUGCGCUAGCUCGGAUGAAAGUGUGUGCAAAAACCGCAUCGUCGGGGACAAAAUACACGUAUCCGUUAAAACCUCCAGAGAGGAGCCGGUCGGCAUUACGGACGAGGGCGCCAAGCGCUUUGGAGACGGGAGCCACUUCUCUUUCGUGAGAGCUGGACCUUUGGGAGAUAACAGGGCCAAGUAUUUCAUCCCCGCUCCCGGCCGUCAGCACCUUGCAACCAAACUAAGACGGAAGGACAUUAAUGAAUAUUCCAGUGGCGCCUCCAGCUCCAUCAGCGAGCUGGAUGACGCUGAUAAAGAGGUGCGUAAUUUAACCGCCAGGUCAUUUCGAAGCUUGGCGUGUCCUUACUUUGAUACGAUUAAUUUAAGCACGUCAAGCGAGUCGUCCAUGUCGGAAUACGAUCUAAACAAGUGGUCCGCUUACAUGGACUGGAAUUACGGACACAUCCCGCGGGGGGCAGAGCACAGCGUAAUUGCGCACAAGACCUCCAGCGCCACAUUGGAAAUGAAUGAGACGGUGGAGAGUAAAAGAGCCCCACAGCCUAAUAAGAGACUAACUUUUCAUGAGGAAGCGUCUUUCUGCAAAGGUGCGGGGAUAAAAGAACAGCGAGGGGUCACGUUGAAUGUCCAGUGCAACUCAGACGCACAAGCAGUUACCAGGCGACCCAAAAAUACAAAGAGCUGGUCCGGGGAGGUUCGUGGAGCACUGUUAGCCAGGUCAGGCUGUGAAAUGCAGUAUCACCACGCAGACAGCACAGACAAGACACAUAAGAGGGCCAUCUUUGCAUCAAGCUUGCUUCAAAAUGUCAUCUCCAAAAAGAUGCAAUUCGAGCAGGAGCGUAAGAUGGAGAGAGGUGAGAUCUCGGACGCAUACCCCGUGCACUCCCCUUGUUUUCUGGAUGGGGGGAAGGACAGGAGGGGCUUUCAUCGGCAAAGCUCUGAAUCAGGCUCCGGUUACACUAAUUCUGGAGAUGACCAGCCUUUGGAGGGCAGCAGACCUAGCUCUUGUGAGCCUGCGGAACAGCAGAAAAGCACAGAUAUCGCAGCGGAUUCAGGGAAAAAGGAGCCUAAAAUGGGACUCACUCAAAGUCGAGGCAGCGCGUUUGAUUCCUGGAAGGACGACGAAGCCGUGAAGGAGGCUGAGCUCUCCUCAGCCGCGAAGGAAGAGAAGGAGGAAUCGGACAGGAGCAACAUGCUCACAAAGCUCCUUUUCAUGCCGAGCUGCCAGCGUUUCUCCAAAGAGAAGGAACGCUCAGAAUGUGAGGCGGUGCUCGAGACAGCAAACACGGCCACUGAAGAAGAAAAGGACAAAGGCGGAAAAACACCUGAGAUCAAAAUAUGUCUGAGAAGUGUGAGGGAAAAUAAGGGAGGGGGCCUGAAUAUUGCCAGUCUGUUAACCCCUAAAAUUAGUUCUGUCAAGACAUUUCGGGGAGGAGGUGAUGCCAAAUGUCAUAUUUUGUCUGCUUCGGAUAAGAUUCCAAAUUUUACAGUUCGAGACGUCAGAGACACUAAGGGCAAGUUCCAAAUGCCGAUUUACCGUGUCCGAGAUGUGCGUAAAUUGGUGAAAAGUUCAUAUCGCUUUUUUUCUUUGGAUAAUAGUGACAGCAAAGGUGCGGUUGAACCUGCCGAAAAACUUGAAGAGAAGGCCCAAAAGGAGCCAGUAAAACAAGUGUCGCCUUCUCCUAUUGUCAUUAAAUGCCACUCAGUAAAAACAAAUAAGUCCCCAAAAGAAACAGAAGCAGAUGCGCUGACACAGAGUGCCACCAGCAAAGUGCCAUUUGCUGGAACAAAGCAACCAAAUCAGUUGGAAGCUGAAAAACUAUUGAAACAAAGGCAGGAGAAGUUUGCAGGAGAGGCGGCUGACAAACGUUUCGAGCCUCGAAUUCCCAAACAAGCCGCAUUGGAGAAACUCAAAGCUGCUGUCAAAACAAUGGAGCAGCUUUACGUUUUUGACCGAAACGAAUGGAAACGCAAAGCUCAGCCUCAGCAGCCAAUCACGGGCAGCCACGUGCUGUCGCUCAUCACCCGUGAGGAGCGAGGAGCGGAAGAAGAAACAAUGGCAGCGCCUGAAGAUGGCGCGGUGAACGUCAUACAUGUUCCUCGCUGUGACGAAUCCGCCCAGCGCAAAACCUUCAGCAACAAAAGCGUCCUUCACCUCGGCAAGAGCAAUAAGGCGCACGUCAGCAUGAGUUCGGUUGCGAGCCCUGCGCUACAAAGCACGGCUUUACAGUCGAUGAAAAGCUCCAAUGCGCCAGCCGCACCUUUCUCUGUGAAAAUAGAACCCGCGAGACAAGGGCAGGUGGAACAGAGAAAGGUCCAAAUCAGUCCCACUAAUCCCAGCGUCACACAAAGCGACUCGGAGAACUAUUUGACCAUGCCGGGUCUGGCGUACACCAAUGAGAUCAAAGUGGCCAACAAGGAAACAGCUUACACAGAGAUGAAGCCGAGCAUCAGCCAACAAGUUGACGUCAAGACACCCGAGCAGAAAAGAUUAUUAAUGGCUGAGCACCCAGCUUCGUCUGUCUACCACCAGCCUGCCGCAGGCCCGCAGACACAGCAAGUGUUAUGUUUCUCAUCCCCUUUUGCCACUCUGUCACCUCCACCUUCGAGUGGAGAGGCGGGCCUUCAAACGCAGCGCAAAAUGCUCCUCGACCCCACCACGGGACAUUAUUACCUAGUGGACACGCCCAUCCAGACCAGCACCAAGCGACUGUUUGACCCAGAGACAGGCCAGUACGUGGACGUGCCACAUUCACCCGUGCCGCCCAUUGCUCCCGUCACCCCCGUGCCCCUUUCAUUGCCGCCCCUGGCCCUGAACCCGGGAGCAUUCGCGCCCACCUACAUGAUUUACCCGGGAUUCAUCCCCUCGCCCACUCUGCAAGCUCAGGCCUUGCUGCCGCCUUUGCCGGGUCACACUGAAGACAGAGAAAAGUUGAAACACACCGCAAGCACAAAGCAGGAAGAGGAAGUGAACGCUCCGUCGGCAGAGAGCCCCUACUACAGUGCCACGGCCGAGGCCCCGCCGGGACAGGUGAAGCCCUCGGUCAGUUCGGACAGGAAGCCCAUUAUCAGCAUCACAACGCAACAAGGUCCAAGAAUCAUCGCCCCGCCUUCCUUCGACGGAACAACGAUGAGCUUUGUGGUGGAGCACAGAUGACCAAGAAGACACUUCAUUACACAUACAUCUCCAUGGAGAAAUCUGCCUUCAUCCAACCCCAGCCAGCAUUCUGUUCUUCAUGACAUCCUCUACCCAAAGUCAAUACAAGUUUAGCCUCUUUGCAUGGCAGCACUUUGCGAGGUAAAAACACAAUGUACGUUGCUUUAUCAGCCUAGGAAAAAAAAGUCACUUGGUCAACAGAAAUAAAGAAUGAGUAAGUCAUACACG